GCGACUUUUUGCCACGCCUCGCCACACGCCUCGUCGCCUCGUCCCUUGCCUCGCUUGCCUCGCCAUGAUGGACCUCGAGGGUCAACGCUUCGCCGAGCUCCAGGGCAUCGGGGAGAAACGCGUGCGCGCGGGAUUCAUCCAAAAGGUCUAUGGCAUCGUCUGCACCCAGGUACUGGCCACCGCCGCGGUGGCCGCCCUGUGCUGCGGCCCCCUGCAGCCGGCCGUGAUGGCCCUGGCCAUGAACCAUCCCAGUGCCUAUCGCUGGGGGUCCCUGAUCGCCUUGUUAGUGGCCAUUGGACUGUGCCAUGCAGGAAAGAAGAGCUAUCCACUGAACUUCUUCGGCUUGUGCUUUCUCACAGCUGUCAUGGCGCUGAACGUGGGCGUCAUUUGUGGUAUGGUGGCCGCCGCCGGGCUGGGCGCGUUGGUGGUGCAGGCGGCGCUCAUCACAGGUUCACUGGUGCUGGGUUUGACCAUCUACACCUUCCGUUCUAAGAGGGACUUCUCUUUCUUGGGCGCUGUGCUCUACCCGAAGCUUGCUCGGCUGUUUGGUUUCGGAAGAGCAGCUGAUCAGAUGACCUUCGGCCUGCUGAUCUUUGGAUUGCUCAGCAUCUUCUUCCCCGCCCUGCGCACAGGUUGGCUCCACCUGGGAAUGUCCUUCCUGGGUGCCGGGAUCUUCUGCGCCUACCUGGUCUUCGAUACCUGGCGCAUCGCCACGGUGCUGAAGGUGGACGACUACGUGGAGGGCGCCAUCCAGUGCCUUUCCUGCGACCAGGGGCCAGGGAUGGGUUUUCCCUAG